CUCGAUUCUCUGCCUGCAAUCAGCUCCAACGUUUUGUCAUGCCCCCACUUAAAGCGGCACCGCCGAGCAUUCCGGUCUCUGCCAAGAGCCAGUCCCCUAGAUCCUUCCUCUACACAACGCUAGCACAAACUCACUUGGGCGAACGGGCCGCACUCAUCAUUAGCACCUUGAUCUCUUUUGGGCGCUUAUCUGCGCGUGAGCUUGCCCAGAAGAGCAGAUUACCGGUUAGUGUGGUUAAGACUUCGCUUGUUUCACUUGUUCAGUUGCAGUGUGUGUUGUAUUGGAAGGCAGACACUGCGACAUACUACUGUUUCCAUGAGGAGGGGCUCGAUAAGUUGUUGUACAGCGGGGAUAUUGUGUCGAUGAUUGAGGGAAAGUAUAACGACGGUGUAAGUGCUGAAAUUGUGCAAAAUGUCUUGUCCAUGGGUCAUUUGCGAGUGGGUGACUACUUGAGCACUGGCGAUAAGAAGUUGCAGAUCGAAAUCCAAAAGAAGUUCUCCACCUUGUUCCAGGAUGGGUACCUCAUUCCCUUACGAAGCAUCCACUUCAGCCCGAUUAACGAUGUCUGGUUAAGAACGAUGAAAAUUGCUAAGGACUCCCUCCCCUUCUCUGCCACUAUCAGCGAAACCAAGAGACUUGCGGAGGCGACAAAAAUCGCAAAGGACAAACUCUUGGAGCUUUUGGAGACCCCCAAAGCCAUGGAGGUAUUUGUUAGCCACAACGCUUUGGGAAAGGUGAUCAACCCUGACUUGCCGUUGACCUUCAACCUUGCGCGAUUCCAAAAAUCCUUGAGAACCGAGAGCUUGGUGUCCUUCGCUACUGCGAGAGUAGGUUCUUUGACCUCCCAGGUCUACAAGGCUAUCCUAUCCCAUUUGGAAAAGCUCAGCCCAGACAUCCAGCAUCCGUUCCAAAAAAUUCCUGGCUUGUUAACUGAUCCUGACGACUUGAGACACUUUACAUACUCCCGCGAGGAGAAGGAAACCGCCAAAUGGUUAACUUUCAACGCCAACGAUGUCAUGAAGCAAUUACCAAAGACCAUAGACCUCCGAAAGUCUAUUGUCUCUGCCCCGAUCAGUGGGAAGAGACCCCGUGUAAAGGAGGGAAAACAGGCCAAGAGGGUCAAAACUGAGUAUGGUGCUGCCAUGCCGCCUGCCACCCCCCAGUCUGAGCCCUACAACCUUUCGGAAAACGAUGACGAUGAGGAGUGUGUGUCUCAGAACGGCUAUGUGGAUACAACCGUUCUGGUGUCCGCUUCCCUCGUGCAAUCCCAUUUGAAAUUAAUGUCCUCCAACUCUGUUCCGUUCCUUCUCGAAACCACUCCGGGUAACUUUGUUAUUCCCUUCAAUAAGCUUACAGCCUCCUUGAAGCAGUUCACCUAUGAUGCGUUGUUGCAGGGUACCCUCACUGAAAACCCUGCCAGUCUUCGUAUCUUGAGGUGCAUCCGCGAAUUUCGCUUGGUGGAAGAGAAGCAGUUAUGUGCGGCUGCGCUCAUCAAGGAAAAGGACUUCCGUUCGUGUGUGGUUCCAUUAAUGCGGUUGAAUAUCAUCGAAGUGCAGGAGGUGCCCAGAUCCGUGGACAGAUCCGCCGCCAGAGCCGUGUACUUGUACCGGUUCAAGAGCGAGCUCACCAUGGAGCUUAUCUCCAACUCGUUGAUGUAUAACAUUGGGCAGUUGUUGGAAGGAAUCCAAGACAUGAAGCGCAACAAUGCGAUUUUAUUAGACAAGGCCAACCGAGACGAUGUUAAGGGUAAGGAGGAGGAAUUAUUGUUAGCCAGUGAGUUGUCGGAAUUGAAGAACUUGCAGAGUUCCGAGGUGAACUCCAUCGCGUUGGCCAACAGGGUCAGAAGCUUGUUUGAUGUGUUGCAUGUUUUUUAGAAGGGUUUCAGGGGUAUAACAAUAAUCUUUGUAUAAAAUGAUGGCUUAAAUUUACGACGUAAAUGCCCAAGGUUCGGGCACCAGUUAUAGUUAAAGAAUGCUCUAAGCGACA